AUGUUGAUAGUCUUCAGAUGGAUUCUUCUCGUCACUCUUUUGUUCCCCGGGUGUCUCUCCUACGUCAUUACCACUGAGCCAUGGCAAACCAACCGACCAGUACCUGGCGGUACUAUCUUCUACAACAUCCAGCAUACGGAGGGAGAGGUCGUCCUUGUCGAUAUUCUGCUCAUCAGCGCGACGCGGGGGAACACUACAACAAUAUUUGGCGAUAGCGAUUUGACAAAGCAGGACGAUGCCAAUGCGGGCUUCACGAUUCCAUUUGUUCCACCAGGGAUGUACAUGAUUCGAUUGGUGGCAACUUCUACGAAACAAUUCCUGGCGGACUCCCCGCAGUUUGAGAUUUUUCCCGUUGGCACCGCCUCGGCGUCAUCUUCAAGCGCAACCUCGCUACCAGCAACCCCCUUGCCAACUUUCACGGGCCUCACAACGACUUCCACGUCGUCGGGCUCCUCAACAAGUAACACCGCCGGAGCAGCCGGCUCAGAUACCUCGACUUCUUCCGAAUCAAGUCCUCCGGUGGGGGGUAUUGUAGGAGGCGUUCUCGGCGGCUUGUUAGUGCUGGUCGUACUCGGAAUCGUUCUUUGGCGAAGGCGUCAACGAAGAGCUGGCGAAGUCGCUGAGAGUGUGUUGCCCACUUCCGAGGCCAACUCAGGAUCUGUGCAACCAUAUACGCUUUCACCGCGCUCGAUGGAGGGACUGGGAGCGCUCGCCGACCCAGAAGGUGGUUCGAUUUAUCCCAGUAGCAUGGCUCCCAGCACCGCAGUCAAUCGUCAAGCUGGCCCUCUCCCGUCAAAAUCCCAUGUAUUGCUGGGAAAGGGGUAUGGAGCUGCAGGAGAGGGGAGCUCGUCGGUGUCCGUUACCUCGCCAAUGUCGCCCGAGGCUCGCACCGACUUACUCAGACGAGAACGAGAGCGCAUCAAUCGAGAGAUAGCAGAGCUAGAGAACCGUACCAACAACUCUGGGUCGCAGGGUACUGCGUCAAUGUCCCUACCAUCGAGUAUCACUGCCGCGAGCACGACCUCCUCACGACCUCCAAGAGACCAGGACCUUGCAGCUCAGCUCGAGGCUCUCAGGAACCAGAUUCAACAGAUGGAAGAGAGGCAAGCUUACGGAACGAAUGCUGUCGAUUUCGAACCGCCACCAGGAUAUGAUGGGCCUCCUGCGCCUCAACCUAUACCCGAACCUAAUGCUCCUGGCAGUGGAGAAUCCCGGCCUUUGCCAACGCCACGAACAGCUCAGAUUGAUCGCAAAGAACCGCUUUGA